CAUUAUCGCGACCUUGGCGUGUAAAGAUAUCAUCCUGUCGAAGCGAUAAGAACUUGAUCUGAAUGUAUAAAAAGCGGUGCGCUCUGCAGGGAAUUCAUACUGAAAAUUCAAAUCUCGCAAGAUGAAGUUGUUGGCUGUUAUUUUCGCCGUUUUGGCUGUUGUCCUGAUGACUACCGUUCCAGUUUUCGGAAACCUGCCGCAAUGUGAACACACCGCCGAUGCCGCUCAAGGUGGUAGCUAUCCAAUCACUGAGCUGAAGCGAAACGGCAAAAUUAAAUACAAUACCGCCCGAAGAGGUUAAUCAUAAAUAGAAACAAAAAUCGACUUUAUUUAAAUAAACAGAGAAUUCUAAAUAGUAAAAUGAUGCUUUUAGUUAUUCUAAAAAUAAUAAUGCAUAGUAUCAGGUUGAACGAUCUUCCCAUGACCGUAUGUUUGAUCUUAUUAAAUUUUAUCCAUCCUAAGAUGAACAAGACAUGUAUUUAUAGAUGAAC